GGAAGCCUGUGGUUUAGGCAGUGUGAACGAUUCAUCAUCAUCAUUAUUUCACUUUCACUCCCUCCAGCAUGGCCUUCCUUCUGCAAGCAUUUCAGAGGGCUUCUGCUGGGGUUUUCUUAUUAGCACUUUGGGGUGUGACUGGAGGUGAGAAGCUGCUGGUUGUUCCUCAGGAUGGAAGCCACUGGCUUAGUAUGAAGGAGAUAGUUGAGCUUCUCAGCGAGAGGGGACACGACAUUGUGGUGUUGGUGCCCGAAGUGAAUUUGCUUCUGAGGGAAUCCAAAUACUACACAAGAAAACUCUAUCCAGUGCCGUACCCCCAGGAAGAGAUGAAGGACCGAUACCGCUCUUUUGGAAACAGCCAUUUUGCUGAGAGAUCUUACCUGAGCACCCCUCAAACAGAGUAUAGGAAUGUCAUGAUUGUUAUCAACAUGUACUUUACCAACUGCGAGAGCCUUCUGAAGAACUCGGAGACCCUGCAAUUCCUCAAGGAGAGUAAGUUCGAUGCCCUUUUCACGGACCCAGCCUUGCCCUGUGGUGUGAUCUUGGCUGAGUACCUGGGUCUGCCCUCUGUGUACCUCUUCCGGGGCUUCCCAUGUGCCCUGGAGUACAAGUUCAAUGGAAGCCCAAGCCCCGUGUCCUACAUUCCCAGGUACUAUACUCAGUUCUCAGACCAGAUGACUUUCUGCCAACGGGUGGCCAACUUCCUCGCUAAUUUGUUGGAGACCCCUCUACUUUACCUUCUGUUUUCGAAGUACCAAGAUCUUGCCUCAGAUCUCCUCAGGAGAGAUGUGGACUUAGUCAGUUUAUAUCAGAAGGGCUCCAUUUGGCUGUUAAGGUAUGACUUCGUGUUUGAGUUCCCCAGGCCAGUCAUGCCCAACAUGGUCUUCAUUGGAGGGACCAACUGCAAGAAGGUGGAACGUCUAGCUCAGAAUCAUCUAGAUCAGUGAUUCUCAACUGGUGGUGAUUUUGCCCACCAGGAGCCAAUGUCUGAAGGCAUUUUUGGUGUUACAGUUAAGGGUUGCUACCGUCACAUACUUUGGACAUGUCAUCAGGAGGGACGAGUCCCUGGAGAAGGACAUCAUGCUUGGUAAAGUAGAGAGUCAGCAAAAGAGAAGAAGACUCUCAAUGAGAUGGAUUGACACAGUGGCUGCAACAGUGGGCUCAAGCAUAGCAACAAUUUUGAGAAUGAUGCAGGCCUGGGUAUUAUCUCGUUCUGUUGUGAAUGGGGUCGCUACGAGUCAGAACUGGCUCAUGGCACCUAACAACAACAACUGUCAACUAGUAGGUAGAGGCCAAGGAUGCUGCCAAAUAUCCUACAAUGCACAGGACAUACCCAUCACAGCAACAAACAAUUCUCCUUUGAAAAAAAAUUAACAGUGGUGAAGUUGAGAAAUCCUGAUCUAAAAAAAUUUUAGGUAAACAUUAGAGUCUUCUCUCCAGCAGAGUCCGACGUGGGUGGUGUAGGGGCAGCAACGGUCCUGUGCCCACCUCUGAGCACAUCUUGUCUCCUUACAGGGUUUUCUACGAGUAACACAUCCAGGCUGAAAUUUCAACAUUUAUGGGUUGACCUGAAGGUUGAACUCUGGGCAAGUCAUGGGAACAAAACCCCAAAAUGCCAAGUCAUUCUGAAUAGGCAGUUUUAAAAAAUACAACUUAAUCCAAUGUCUACAAUGCCUUUACUGUGCUGCUUCUCUCUGAAAACUGUGUACUUAUCUUUAUGACCCAUUAUCUGAAGAUUACCAACAUGUGGAAGAUCUUGGCAGGAGCGUUUCUGUUAAGGAGUAAUUAUCUAAAGAAUGGCUAAUGCUAGGGUGAAUCAGGGUUAAAAAAAAAAAAUCAUUCAGUAUGAAAUCAGAAAAAGAAAAAAACCAUUGCCAUCGAGUUGAUAUCGACUCAUAGUGGCCCUAUAGGAAAAGUAGAACUGCCCCAUAUGGUUUGCAAGGAGUGCCUGGUGGAUUCAAACUGUUGACGUUUUGGUUGGGAGCUCUAGCUUUUAACCACUAUGUCACCAGGGUUUCCCUUCAAUAUGAGUAUCCAGAAAACUAGAAACUUGGCUGAUUAAUAAUUUAGGUGAUUCUAGGAGAAUGACGUUAAUUUUUUUAAACAGCUUUAUUGAGAUAAUUCACUUAUCAUAUGUCUUAGUCAUCUAAUGCUGCUAUAAGAGAAAUACCACAAGUGGAUGGCUUUAACAAAGACAAAUUUGUUCUCUCACAGCCUAGUAGGCUAGAAGUCUGAAUUAAGGGUGUCAGCUCCAGGGGAAGGCUUUCUCUGGGCUCAGGAGGAAGGUCUUUGUCUUCAGUCUUCCAUUAGUCUAGGAGCUUCUCCAUGCAGGAGCCCCAGGUCCAAACGAUGUGUUCUGCUCCUGGUGUUGCUUUCUUGGUGGCAUACGGUCACUUUGUCUCUAUGUUUGCCUCUCUCUUCUAUAUCUCAAGAGAUUGGCUGAAGACACAAUUCAAUCUUAAAAUGACUCCUGCCUCAUUAACAUAACUGCCACUAAUCCCAUCUCAUUAAGAUCGUAGAGAUGCAAUUCAAUCCAUGACACCAUUGAAUUCACCCGUUUAGAGUUUACAAUUCCAUGGUCUUUGGUAUAUUCACUGAGCUGUGCAACCACCAUCACAAACAAUUUUAGAACAUUUUCAGUCACUCCAAAAAGAAAUACCGUAUCCAUUAGCAGUCACUCCUUAUUCCCACCUUCUACCAACACCUGCCAGCCACUAAUCUCCUUUCUGUCUUUAUGAAUUUGCCUAUUCUGGACAUUUCAUAUUAAUUAAAUCAUGUGAUAUGUGACUACCUUUUUUUGCAUUUGUAGCAUUACUUUUUAUUACCAAAUGUCCAGGCAUGGACCAGUAACUUGAAAUUUGCCUCCAAAAUUGGAAGGUGCCAAGAGACCGAAGAAAGAGGCAGGCAAAUCCAGUGUGGUGACAUAAGAAUUUGACAAGGAACUCUUACAAACAAGGUGGUCCCUGCUCGCCCAAGGACCAUGCAGAUCUCUGUACCCAGCAAUAGGCAAGGUGGAAAUUUUAUAGUGGUCAAGGACAAAAGUGGCUUCAAGCCAUGGAGUUACAAGACUGCUUCAGCAAGGUAACAAAACCGGAUUGGAAAACAGCAGUGAACUAACAGAAAGAGCUGUGAACAAACAGAAAGCACGAGGGCAGCCAUGUUAGGCUUCCUGAACCCUGUUUUCCCCUUCAGUCCGCCCUCAAGGCCAUUUCAUAAAAUCUCACACAUUCCCCCUCUCCCGCAAAGUCUCUGAGGGCCCCAAGAGAAGGUGUCACUGUUGGGACAGACAGUUUUGCUGUAGCUGGAGGCACAGACCACAUCAGCAGUAUAGAUAAACACGACAGACAAUCCCUAUACUCAGGAAAAGAACAAGACCCGUCAAAGCAUCAUGCCAACUAGAGAGGAAAUAGGAAAACCAGGCAGCCAAAGCAGACCAGCCAUCAGGUGUGUCCAGGGUUUCUAUCAGUUUCUUCUUGUGGCCUAACAGAUCAGUUAUGUCCUGGUGGUACUAUGGUAUAUAGGUAUAACAUUCAGUCUUUAUUAUGGCACAUAUCCCACCUUGAAUGGCUGUUAGAAUGUCCAGAUCCAUUCAGUUUUGAAGGGCUACCUUCCUUAUUUGGGUGGUUUUAGCAAUUAAUAGCCACAAACUUAUCUGCUGUCAUUCAGGACAUCUUUAGUAAAAUUAGUUAAGGCUUCAAUUUGUCUCAUUACUUCUAAGGACCCCAUAGGGGAAUAAAAACAGUCAAAAGGUAAUCAUACCAGUGGAAAAGGCCCACCUGGCCUUAACUCUGCAGUAAUUCAGAGGUUUUGGUAUAGUUUUCUUGACAGUCUCUGCAGUAUAGGGUGACCCCAAAGUGCAGCACCUUAUCAAGUCUUAUGGUAACCAGGGGCACGAGUAGUGGCCACACAGCCAUCAGGUGCCGUUAGGAGGGGGCUAUGCUCCUGCCUUCCAACUGGGGUGUUUAUAUUGCAACCAGUUAGUGGUAUUUUAUAUUAUCACGCAUUGGCAGUGGAACACAGAGUUGAGCCCACUAUGAGAGAGGAAGACUUUGAGGGAGAUGGAUGGCGAUAUUGAGGAAAGACAGGGGAGUGUUGGUUCUUUUGUAAUGGAAAAAAAUCUUCAGCAGUUAACAUGAUGUCAUCAAUGUAAUGAAAUCAAUGGGCAGCAGCGGGGAAGGGGAAAAGAGUCAGAUCUCUAACAGCCAAACCAUGGCAAAUAGUGGAACUGUGUAGAUAUCCCUGGGCGUGGGGGGCGGGGGGGGGCACUUGAAAUAUCCACUUCUGCCCCUCCAGGUGAAGGCAAACCGGUCCUGUGUGGGCUGGGUAGAGACAUAGUAAAGAAAGCCUUGGCCAGAUCUAACACAGCAUGUAUGAAAAAUUGACGCCUUUGAAUUGUGGUGUUGGAGAAGAAUAUCGAAUAUACCAUGGACUGCUGAAAGAAUGAACAAAUCUGUCUUGGAAAGUGUACAAGCAGAAUGUCUCUUGGGAGCAAGGAUGGCAAGACUACCUCCCACAAAAUUUGGACGUGUUUUCAGGAAAGACCAGUCCCUGGAGAAGGACAUCAUACUUGGUAAAGUAGAUUGUUGUUGUUAUUGUUGUUAGGUGCCGUCCAGUCUGCUCCGACUCACAGAGACCCUAUGCACAAUAGAAUGAAACACUGCCUUGUCCUGCGCCAUCCCCACAAUCAUUGCUAUGCUUGAGCCCUUGUUGCAGCCACUGUGUCAAUCCACCUCAUUGAGGGUCUUCCUCUUUUUUGCUGACCCUGUACUCUGCCAAGCAUGAUGUUCUUCUCCAGAGACUGAUCCCUCCUGACAACAUGUCCACAGUAUGUAAGACGCAAUCUCACCAUCCUUGCCUCUAAGGAGCAUUCUGGUCACGCUUCUUCCAAGACAGAUUUGUUCAUUCCUUUGGGGGUCCAUGGUAUAUUCAAUAUUCUUCGCCAACACCACAAUUCAAAGGCGUCAACUCUUCUUCGGUCUUCCUUAUUCAUUGUCCAGCUUUCACAUGCAUAUGAUGUGAUUGAAAAUACCAUGGCUUGGGUCAGGCACACCUUAGUCCUCAGGGUGACAUCUUUGCUUUUCAACACUUUGAAGAGGUCCUUUGCAGCAGAUUUGCCCAGUGCAAUGCGUCUUUUGAUUUCUUGACUGCUGCUUCCAUGGGCGUUGAUUGUGGAUCCAAGUAAAAUGAAAUCCUUGACAACUUCAAUCUUUUCUCCGUUUAUCAUGAUGUCGCUCACUGGUCCAGUUGUGAGGAUUUUUGUUUUCUUUAUGUUGUGGUGUAAUCCAUACUGAAGGCUGUGGUCUUUGAUCUUUAUUAGUAAGUGUUUCAAGUCCUCUUCACUUUCAGCAAGCAAGGUUGUGUCAUCUGCAUAACGCAGGUUGUUAAUGAGUCUUCCUCCAAUCCUGAUGCCCCGUUCUUCUUCAUAUAGUCCAGCUUCUCGGAUUAUCUGUUCAGCAUACAGAUUAAACAGGUAUGGUGAAAGAAUACAACCCUGCUGCACACCUUUCCUGACUUUAAACCAAUUAGCAUCCCCUUGUUCUGUCUUAACAACUGUGUCUUGAUCUAUGUAAAGGUUCCUCAUGAACACAAUUAAGUGUUCUGGAAUUCCCAUUCUUCCUAGUGUUAUCCAUAGUUUGUUAUGAUCCACACAGUCGAAUGCCUUUGCAUAAUCAAUAAAAUGCAGGUAAACAUCCUUCUGGUAUUCUCUGCUUUCAGCCAGGAUCCAUCUGACAUCAGCAAUGAUAUCCCUGGUUCCACGUCCUCUUCUGAAACCGGCCUGAAUUUCUGGCAGUUCCCUAUCAAUACACUGCUGCAGCCGUUUUUGAAUGAUCUUCAGCAAAAUUUUCCUUGCGUGUGAUAUUAAUGAUAUUAUUCUAUAAUUUCCACAUUCGGUUGGAUCACCUUUCUUGGGAAUAGGCAUAAAUAUGGGUCUCUUCUAAUCAGCUGGCCAGGAAGCUGUCUUCCAUGUUUCUUGGCAUAGACGAGUGAGCAUGUCCAGAGCUGUAUCUGUUUGUUGAAACAUCUCAAUUGAUAUUUCAUCAAUUCCUGGAGCCUUGUUUUUCGCCAAUGCCUUCAGAGCACCUUGGGUUUCUUCCUUCAGUAUCAUCGGUUCCUGAUCAUAUGCCACCUCUUGAAAUGGUUGAAUAUCGACUAAUUCUUUUUGGUAUAAUGACAAUGUAUAUUCCUUCCAUCUUCUUUUGAUGCUUCCUGCUUCAUUUAAUAUUUUCCUCAUGGAAUCCUUCACUAUUGCAACUCAAGGCUUGAAUUUUUUCUUCCGUUCUUUCAGCUUGAGAAACACCGAGCGUGUUCUUUCCUUUUGAUUUUCCAUCUCCACCUCUUUGCACAUGUCAUUAUAAUACUUUACUUUGUCUUCUUGAGACGCCUUUUGAAAUCUUGUGUUCAGUUCUUUUACUUCAUCAAUUCUUCCUUUUGCUUUAGCUGCUCGACGCUCAAAAGCAAGUUUAAGAGCUUCCUCUGACAUCCAUCUUGGUCUUUUCUUUCUUUCCUGUCUUUUCAGUGACCUCUUGCUUUCUUCAUGGAUGAUGUCCUUGAUGUCAUUCCACAACUCGUCUGGUCUUUGGUCACUAGUGUUCAAUGCGUCAAAUCUAUUCUUGAGAUGGUCUCUAAAUUCAGGUGGGAUAUACUCAAGGUCAUAUUUUGGCUCUCAUGGACUUGCUCUGAUUUUCUUCAGUAUCAGCUUGAACUUGCAUAUGAGCAAUUGAUGGUCUGUUCCACAGUCGGCCCCUGGCCUUGUUCUGACUGAUGAGAUUGAACUUUUCCAUCGUCUCCACAGAUGUAGUCAAUUUGAUUUCUGUGUGUUCCAUCUGGCAAGGUCCAUGUGUAUAGUCACCGUUUAUGUUGAUAAAAGAAGGUAUUUACAAUGAAGAAGUUGUUGGUCUUGCAAAAUUCUAUCAUUUGAUCUCCGGAAUUAUUUCUGUCACCAAGGCCACAUUUUCCAACUACUGAUCCUUCUUUGUUUCCAACUUUCGCAUUCCAAUGGCCAGUAAUUAUCAACGCAUCUUGAUUGCAUGUUCCAUCAAUUUCAGACUGCAGCAGCUGAUAAAAAUCUUCUAUUUCUUCAUCUUUGGCACUAGUUGUUGGUGCCUAAAUUUGAAUAGUCGUAUUAACUCGUUUUCCUUGUAGGCAUAUGGAUAUUAUUCUAGCACUGACAGCGUUGUAGUUCAGGAUAGAUCUUGAAAUGUUCUUUUUGACGAUGAAUGCAACACCAUUCCUCUUCAAGUUGUCAUUCCCAGCAGUAUAGACUAUAUGGUUGUCCGAUUCAAAAUGGCCAAUACCAGUCCAUUUCAGCUCACUAAUGCCUAGGAUAUCGAUGUUUAUGUGUUCCAUUUCAUUUUUGACAAUUUCCAAUUUUCCUAGAUUCAUACUUUGCACAUUCUAGGUUCCAAUUAUUAAUGGAUGUUUGCAGCUCUUUCUUCUCAUUUUGAGUUGUGCCACCUCAGCAAAUGAAGGUCCUGAAAGCUUUACUCCAUCCACGUCAUUAAGGUCGGCUCUACUUUGAGGAGUCGGCUCUUCCCCAGUCAUCUUUUGAGUGCCUUCCAACCUGGAGGGCUCAUCUUCCAGCACUAUAUCAGACAAUGUUCCGCUGCUGUUCAUAAGGUUUUCACUGGCUAAUGCUUUUCAGAAGUAGACUGCCAGGUCCUUCUUCCUAGUCUGUCUUGGUCUGGAAGCUCAGCUGAAACGUGUCCUCCAUGGGUGACCCUACUGGUAUCUGAAUACUGGUGGCAUAGCUUCAAGCAUCACAGCUACACACAAGCCCCCACAGUACAACAAACUGACAGACACGUGGGGCAUAAAGUAGAGGGUCAGCAAAAAAGAGGAAGACCCUUGACAAGAUGGAUUAACAUAGUGGAUGCAAAGAUGGGCUCAAGCAUAAUAACGACGGUGAAGAUGGUGCAGUUCUGUUGUAGAUGGUGUCAUUGCCACCCAGGACUGCUGUACAUCUUUUUGUAGCUGCAGUUCUUCCUGCAGGGCUCUUAUGGGUUCUUCAGCACCUAGCUGGGUGUCUGUGGCCAGCCGCACUGCACAGAGAAGUGGCUAUCUCAUAGCCACCACUACUUAUCUAGCUUCCUUUCUACACUUAUGAAGUCAUGCAUCUUUCCAGAGCCAUGCUCUCCCACUUGGUGUUUUGGAGGUGUCCCCAUACUAAUGAGGCACACAGCAUGCAUAAAGCAUAUUGGCAAAUUCUCCCCACAUGGAGGUCACUGGGCAGCCCGGAAUUUCCUCCAUGGAUGCCCCACCCCCACUCGCCAUUUCUUCAGUCUCCUGGUUCGCUUGGACCAGCAACUUGAAGUUUGCCUCCAAAAUGGAGAGUGUCGAGGGAUUGAAGAAAUAGGUGGGCAACCGUAGUGUGGCUGAAAGGACUUUUAUUAGGACGACUUACACGAUGCAGUCCCUGGCAGCCAAAGGACCAGAGUGUAGCUCCACAACCAGCAAUGGGGAUGGGGUGUGGUAAGCUGGCCUGGGGUGGAGGCUUUAUAGUGGUCAAGGAGAAAAGUAGCUAUAAGCCAGGGAGUUAUACAAGUCUGCCUUAGCCUGGCCACGUAACAGGGGCUUGGAAAACAGCAGUGAACUAACAGAAAGCAUAAGGGCAGCCAUGUUCAACCAUGCAAAGCCCAUUUUCCCCUUACUGAAUAAUAGUUCAUUCUGUUGAUAGUGCAACAUUUUAUUUAUCUACUCAUCAGUUGAUGGACAUUUGGUUUGUUUUCACUUUUGAGCUAUUAUGAAUAAUGCUGGUCUGAACAUUUGUGUAUAAGUUUUUUUGUGUGGACUUAUGUUUUCACUUUUCUUGGGUAUGUAUCUAGGAGUGGAGUUACCGGGCUGUGUGGUAACUAUAUGUUUAAUCAUUUGAGGAACGGCCAGGUUGUUUUCCAAAGUGGCUGCACCAUUUUUUUUAUUGUGGUAAAACACAUACAAAAUUUACCAUUUAACUGUUAUAAAGUGAACAAUUCAGUGGCAUUCAGUACAUUCACAUUUUUGUGCAACUAUCACCUUUAUUUAGUUGUAGGACAUUUUUCUCACCCCAAAGCGGAAACCUUAUGCCCUUUAGGCAGUCACUCCCCACUCCCUUUCUCCCUCCCCUGACAAACACUAAUGUGCUUUCUGUCUCCAUGGAUUUGCCCAUUUUAUAUUUCAUAUAAAUGGAAUCAUGCAAUAUGUGGCCUUUUAUGUCUGGUGUCUUUCACUUCUACUCUGACACACACACAGGGCUGCCAUGAGUCAGAGUCAACUGGAGUGCAUCUGAUUUUUUUUUUUUCUUUUAGUUAGCAUACUGUUUUCAAGGUUUAUCUAUGUUGUAGCAUGUAUCAUAACUUCAUUCCCUUUUACUGCCAAGUAAUAUUCCAUUGUAUGCAUAGACCAUUUAGUUUAUCCAUUCAUCUCUUGGAGCCCAAGUGCGCAGUGGUUAGGAGUUUGGAUGCUAACCAAAAGGUCGGCAGUUUGAAUACACCAACCACUCCUUGGAAGCUCUACGGGGCAGUUCUCUGUCCUGUACGGUCACUAUGAGUCAAAGUCUACUCAAAGGCAAAGGAUUUUUUUUUUUUUUGGUUAGUCAUCUCCUGGUGGGUAUUUGAAGUGUUUUACCUUUUGGCUUGUGGAUAUAGUUGCUAUGAGCAUUUGUGUACAAGUUCUUGUUUGAACACUUAUUUUCAAUUCUUGUGUAUAUAAUCAGAAAUGGAAUUGCUACAUAAUAGGGUAUUUCAAUGCUUAGCUUUUUGAGGAGCUGUCAGACUUUCACAUAACACUACAUCCUUUUUUAUCACAUCCAGUUUCUGAAGGUUCCAAUUUCUCCAUAUCCUUGCUUGCAACAUUUGUUAUUUUCCACUUUAAAAAAUUAUUAUUAUAAGGGUCCUAGUGGGUGUGAAGUGGUAUCUCAAUGCGGUUUUGAUUUGCAUUUCUAAUGACUAAUGUGCUUGAGCAUCUUUUCAUGUGCUUGUCGGCCAUUUAUAUAUCUUCUUUGGAGAAAUACCUAGUCAAGUCCCCCCCCCCCCGUUUUUUUUGUUGGAUUGUUGGUCUUUUGAUUGUUAAGUUGUGGAAGUCCUUUAUAUAUUCUAGAUACAAGUCCUUUAUCAGGCAUAUGAUAUAUAUAUUUUUUUCCAUUAUGUGGGUUGUCUUUCCAGUCUCUGAUAGUGUCCUUCAAUGAGCAAACCUUUUAAUCUUUUGCUGAUCUUCCUUCCUCCUGUCCUUUUCCCACUUCUGAAAAUCAGUCACACCUGGUCCUGUUUAUUCCCAGGCAGCCAUAUCCAGGCCCCCUAGUCACAGGCUCCCCCCUGUGCAGAGAGAGCUGCAGAGGAGGGACCUGGGCCAGGGCAGGAAGGGUGGAAGCACAUCUUCUUGUGUUCCUGAAAAAUGCACAGUGGAAAUGCCAGAACCAAACCCAAGGCUCCUGCCUGCCCACGAGGGUCUCCACCAUUUCAUGUCCAAAGACCCAUUGCUUUUAAGUCAAUUUUGACCCAUAGUGACCUUAUAGGACAAAAUAAACUCCUCCCUAGGAUUUACAAGGCUGUGAUCUUUUCAGAAGCACACUGUCAAAUAUUUCUCCCAAUGAGCGGCUGUGGAUUUGAACCGCUGACCUUUUGGGUAGCAGCCGAGCAUUUAACCAUUGCACCACCAGGACUUCUUCAGCUUCAUGCAUGCUUCUCUUUUAGGCACAAAUUCCUAGACAAAAGGACAAAUAUUAACUUUGGGAGUAUCAAAAAUGCUGAUGUCCUCCCUUCCCACUGCCCUACCUCUUUGACUUUCCUGCUCUAACCAACUGUCGCUGUUCCUGCCCCAUCUGCAUCUGCCCACCUGUUCUGUCUGCUCCACCUGUCUGCCCUGUGACAUUUGAGAACUUGACUGAGGCAUAGAAUGGAGGAGAAAAAGCAAGGCACUAAGCAGGCCUUUUUAAAGGUGUUUGUUCACCAUUCUCAUGUUUGACUAAUGCCUUGUGGUUAGAAGUGUAACAAGUCCCAGAGCUAUUCAUGUUCUGGGAGGGGCAGCUUCCUUCCGAGUGUGCCUUUCCUCAAAGGUGGCUCCCAGAUGUGGGUCUCUGUCCAAGCCCAGAUCUUGUACAUGGAUAGAAUGUGGACUUGCUAGUUGCUGUCAUGGCAACUCUGCGUGUGCAGAGUAGAACUGCUCCACAGGGUUUUCAAGGCUGUGACCUUUCGGAAUCAGAUGACCAGGCCUGUCUUCCCAGGUGUGUCUGGUAAGCUCAAACUGCCAACUUUUCAACUAAUAGUUGAACACCUAACCAUUUGCACCACCCAGAGAACCCAAGAAUAGAAAUUUAUUGUUCCUGGUUCUAUGGGCUAGAAGUCAGAAAUUAGGGUUUCAGCCAUGUCGAUUCCCUUUGAGGCUCUGAGGAAGAAUCUGUUUCAUGCCUCUUUCUCAGUCUGGUAACAGCUGAUGAUUCUCAUCAUUUCUUGGCUUGUGGAUCACUCCAGUCUCUGCAUGCAUCAGCUCAUGGCUGUUUUCCCUCUUUGUGUAUGUGUGUCUGUGUCCCUUCUCCUCUUUUAUAAGGGCACCAGCCAUAUUGGAUUAGUACCCACCCUACUCCAGUAUGACCUCAUGUUAACUUAAUUGAUAACAUCUCCAAUGAUCCCUCCAAACCAGGUCACGCUCACAGUACAGGGUUUAGGACUUCAACUUAUCCUUUUUGGGGAGCAGAAUUCAGUCCAUAACAAUGGCAAUGAAAAACAUCAGCACAGCUAACAAUUUUUGAGUUGGCCCAUAUGGCAGGCAAAGAGCCCUGGUGAUGCAGUGGUUAAGCGCUCAGCUGCUAACAAAAGGUCAAUGGUUUGAACCAUGGGAGAAAGAUGUGGCAGUGAGCUUCUGUAAAGAUUACGGCCUUGGAAACCCUAUUGGGCGGUUGUAUUCUGUCCGAUAGCAUUGCCAUUAGUAGGCAUCCUCUCGAUGGCAACAGGUUUGGGGUCCUCCUGAUGUCUAGACACAGACUGGAUGCUGCCAUGUGCUGACUCUGAUCAUUGUGACCAGGUCACCGUGCAGGCGCCCCUCCUCAGGAGGGAGCCCUGAAAGCCUGCAGCCAGCUGACCCUGAGCAGUCUUCCCACACCCUGAAAAAUGCAUUUGCAUCCUGGCUGCCUCCCUGGGGCCAGUCCUGUGUGCCAGGUAGCCCCUUGAGCCCUGUUCCUCAAGCUUCUUCUUCUUCCCACCCAGGAAGCAUGCUUCCUUCUCCAAGGUGGUGAGUUACGACAGGCCCUCUAGUGCCAACUCGGCUGUGUGGCUGUGUGGUUGUGCGUGACUAGCUCUGCACAAGUCCAUUCCAGAAUUGAAGGAACCACCUUUCACUUAGCCUACUUUCCACAGUCAACACCCUCUUGGGCCACCCUCAGCCACGAGAUGAGCAGAUAGGACACAGGUCGCCACCCUCCCUAUCUUUCACCCUGCAACUUUCCCACCAUUUGUAAUUUCUACACUUUCUCCCCUCUUUUAUUUUUUCACUCUCCUCUUCUGUUCCCUUUGUUUCCACCUU